UGCAUCAUGGUCCACAGAGUAGCAGUGAUCGGGGCAGGCCCCUGUGGUCUGACCAGCAUGAAGGCCUGUCUGGAGGAGGGCAUGAUGCCGACCUGUUUUGAAAGCAGCGAUGACAUGGGUGGACUUUGGAGGUUCAAGGAAGUGUCGGAGCCAAACAGGGCCAGCAUCUACCGUUCCCUCACCAUCAACAUCUCCAAGGAGAUGAUGAGCUUCAGCGACUUCCCCGUCCAAGCUGAUUACCCCAACUACAUGCACCACUCAAAAAUCCAGAAUUACUUUAGGACGUAUGCAGAACAUUUUAAACUGCUGAAACACAUCCGCUUCCAGACCUUGGUGAAGAAUGUCAAUCAAACACCAGACUUUUCUCGCACUGGUCAAUGGGAAGUGGUGACAGAAAACAAAGAUGGGAAGGAGGAGAGGCAUGUCUUUGAUGCAGUUAUCUGCUGUUCGGGUCACUACUCCUACCCUAAUCUGCCUUUGAAAGAGUUCCCAGGAAUUGAGACAUUUGAAGGAAAAUACUUCCACAGCUGGGACUACAAGGGGCCUGAAGACAUGGUUGGGAAAAAAGUGGUGGUCAUCGGCAUAGGUAACUCAGGAAGUGACAUCGCUGUGGAGAGCAGCAGAGUGGCAGAGCAGGUGUAUCUGAGCACUCGUAGUGGAGCCUGGAUCAUCCGUCAGGUUUCUGACAACGGCCUGCCAGUGGACAUAAAGUACCUCACACGCUUUGUCCACAUCCUCUCCCAGCUGCUGCCUAUCAGAAUCCUUAACUGGCUGUGUGAGACAAAACUCAACGCCAUGUAUGACCACACCAUGUAUGCCCUCAAACCCAAACACAGAUUCUUCAAUCAGAUCCCGGUGGUCAACGAUGAUCUGCCUCUAAAGAUUCUGUCUGGGUCUGUCAUCAUCAAAACAAAUGUGAAGAAGAUCUCUGGCUCGUCCGUGGUGUUUGAGGAUGGCAGCACUGUGGAAAAUGUGGAUACGAUCGUGUUUGCAACAGGUUACAACUAUGAUUUUCCAUACUUGCCAAGUAGUUCUAAGUACAUGUCUGGGCAUCGUCUGGGACUGUACAAACACGUUUUUCCUCCAAACCUGGAGCACCCCACUCUGGCUGUGGUGGGUUUCAUCCAUGCCUUUGCAGCGAUCAUGACACAGGCUGAAAUGCAGGCCCGCUGGGUCUCACGAGUUUUCAAUGGACAGGUCAAGCUGCCCUCAAACCAGGCCAUGAUAAAGUCUGUGGACAAGGACACCAAGGACAUCGAGAAAAACUACAUUGUGUCAAGGUUGACACCCCUGCACGUGGACUUUGUUACCUACAUGGAUGACUUAGCAGGAGAGAUUGGGGUGCGGCCCAGUCUGCUCUGGCUCUUCUUCACAGACUACCAAAUGUUCAAGAUGGUUCUGUGGGGACCUGUCACCGCCUACCAGUACCGCUUGAGGGGACCAGGGAAAUGGGACGGAGCCCGCAAAGCAAUCUCAACCACGUUGAACCGCGUGUACCAGCCCCUGAAAACCAGACAGAUGGAGACAAAAGAGGCCUCUGUUGCUGGCAGCCUGUUCAAGCUGAGCCUGACCCUCAUGGCUGGAGGAGCGGCCGUUUACUACAUCCAUGUGCGCAACCCGACCACCAUCCCCACUCUGCUGGCCAACCUGCGACCACAAACAGCCUAAACAUGUUAAAUAAAACAUUUUCCAAUAUGCAGACCAAAUACUUUACUUGUUUCCUUAAGUAAUCUCGUUCAAUUAACUCCUGCUUGGGUUGUGAUUAUGGGAAUACCACAGUUUAAGCUGCUUUUAAAGCUAAAGCUAGUACUACUUCUAUAUGUUUAGUUUAUUUAAAUGCCAUAUCCUUUUUUCUUAAGAAAGUCCACUGUAUAUGCACAUUUUCAAUCCAAAAAGUAUGGUAAUGUGACAAAAUCCUGGUUUUCAAUUGUAGAUCCACACAACCUUUCACUGCUAAUGAUUACUGUCAGAAAUAUCCUAUAACAAACUCUUAGUGUAUUGAAAAAGUAAUACUGAGUUAAAGUGUAAAAGAAUGGAAUUCAAAGUUGGUAGUGGAUGUAAAAGUAUUUUCAUGUUUGCGUAUAAACACAAGCAGGUCUGUUAACAUUUGCUGGCUUGCAAAAUGUCAACCAUAACUACAUUAACCAGAUAUAUGUGUGUCUUAAGCUUUUAAAUCACAGAGAAUGUAAGGGAAUGUUAAACACAUAUAAAGACAUCUCACUCUUUGAGUAGACCCAUUAAUAAAGACUUAAUCGAG